AAACAAUCUCUGACACUGAACUCUCUUUCUUCGAUAUCACGUUACGCAUUACUGAUGAUCACAUCAGCACUACCAUUCACUACAAGGACACUGACACCCAGACCUAUCUUCAUCAUCAGUCCUCACAUCCCAGCCAUUGCAAAAAAGGUCUUCCUUGCAGUCAACUCUUGCGACUUCGCCGUCUGUGUUCUGAGGACUCAGAUUUUCUGGACAAGGGCAGUGAAAUGGUGUCUUUCUUUGAACAACGUGGAUACUCCCCCGCCUGUUUACAGAACGAUCUCCAGGCCAUCCGACGGUUAGACCGGGCUGGUGUACUAAACAAUCACAACCCCUCUAAUCAAAGAUCAGAAAGGAUUCCUUUGGUUCUUACUUACCAUCCUUUAAACGAAAGAAUCAAGAGAAUCCUACUUCGUAAUUUCAACAUCUUGUCGAGUGACCCUGAAACCAGAGCAGUCUUUCCGCAGCCACCGUUGGUCGCCUAUCGCCGUGACAGCAACCUCCGUGAUAUCCUCGUACACACUUCGGAUAGCAGCCAAUCCAGUGUUCAGGCGGGUACAUCUCCGUGCUUACACGCUCGCUGCCGCGCUUGCCAUUACAUUUGUAGCGAUACUAGUGUCCGUGGCCCUCAAUACUCGUUUGUCAUCAAGAAGGCGUUCUCUUGCCAAACGUCUGGCUUGGUCUACUGCAUCACCUGUCGCCGUUGCCCUGCCGUCUAUAUCGGCGGAACAGGGCGUUCGGAGCAUUGA